GGUGAUGGAAGGCGUCCCAAAGCUUCCCGUCCACGGAGAGCAUCAGCCACUUCGGAUACUAAAGCAGAAUAAAGCGGCCCGAGUUGCGACUCCUCCGAUCAUUCCAAGGAGAAAGGUGUUGGAUCGAUGGAGGAGAACAAGCAGCUAGGGGUAUCCGUGUUUGCUGCAUCUCACUCAGCUGCUAUUAAUUAGAAGAGCAAAAAAGCCUUAUGCUUUUAAGUGUUUGUUUAAAAUUGUUCGUUCAAACAUCAAAGGUGGCAGGUUUUUUAAAAGCUGAAGUUAGGAUUGGGAGUCAAUUCUUGCCAAGAAUCUAUGUCUAGCUGUUCUGCAUGGACAAGCUUAUAUUUCACAGAAAUGUGAGCUGUGCCACAGGAAGAACCUUAGGAAUGUGACCUGUGGCCUGUUGCUACAUUCCAAUGCUACUUUCUCAACCGUUAUUGGAUGUUUAUGGCUGUUCCACCUCAGGAAAUAAACUGUGAGGUUCAGACUGAUCAACAUUUUUUCAUGAUGGAUCGAGCAGCUAACUUAAAUAGACGUGAGCAUGUAAUUGAUAUAUCACAGCGCAACGAUGCUUCAGCUUCUAUCUCCACUCGGACCGACAACAGUGAUGCAGAUGGCGCAGAUAAUGAAGAUGGGCCUUCGACAAGCACUUUGGCUCCUGUAUCUCAAUUAAUUUCAGCAACGCCAAAUGUUUCUAAUUCGAUAAAUUUUUCUUUGCCAAGGAGAGCUGAUAAUUAUGGUCGUCGAAAUAGAAGUCCUCUGAAUUCUGGUUUGUGGAUUUCAGUUGAGCUUGUUGUUAACAUGAGCCAAAUCAUAGCGGCUAUUAUAGUGCUCUCCAUGUCAAGACAUGAGCAUCCUCGAACUCCAUUAUUUGCAUGGAUCAUAGGUUAUACAGCUGGCUGUAUUGCUACACUUCCCCAUCUUUAUUGGCGCUACAUUCAUCGCAAUAGUCUGAGCUUUGAGCAAGGGCCAGCACGUUCUAAUCAGGGUAACACACAUAAUAGCCCUCUUGGAUCCGGUGUUCAUGCUGAUUACACUGUUACUCAAGAUCCAGAACAAGAAAAUGGCCACAAUCUAGUGUCAGAGACAUGGCAAACAACAGUAACUAGUAGCCGAAGGAUGAAGUCUAUGGUUGACCAUUUCAAGAUGGCAUUGGAUUGCUUUUUUGCUGUGUGGUUUGUUGUUGGAAAUGUAUGGGUUUUCGGCGGGCACUCUUCUUCUCAUGAUGCCCCUAACUUGUAUAGGUUAUGUAUCGUGUUCCUUGCAUUCAGCUGUAUUGGUUAUGCUUUGCCUUUCAUUCUGUGUGCAAUUAUCUGUUGCUGCUUCCCUUGCAUUAUAUCAAUCAUGGGCUUCAGAGAGGAUAUGUUCCAUGGUAGAGGUGCUACCUCAGAAUCAAUCGAUGCAUUGCCAACAUACAAGUUCAAAACAAAGAGGCGGAAAAAUAGAGGGGACAGAGAAAUUAACUUGGAAAGUCAAUGCGAUGGUGGGAUAUUGGCUGCUGGGACUGACAAGGAGCGAAUGAUUUCUGGUGAAGAUGCUGUUUGUUGCAUUUGCCUUGCCAAGUAUGUGGACAACGAGGAGCUCCGUGAGCUUCCAUGUUCCCAUGUCUUCCACAAGGAGUGUGUGGAUAAGUGGCUUAAGAUAAAUGCACUUUGCCCCCUCUGCAAGAUCAAGGUGGGAAACAUCACUGCAUCUUCAGGCGCUAGCUCAGAAUUCACAUAACAGGAAGCUUGGGAUUGGUGUAGAACCUGUUCUGGUAAUGCUACAGAUGCUCUCUGUGUCUCUCUCUGGUUGGCCAAGAUUUCUAGGCCAAAGUAUAGGAGCGAGAAGAAUGUGGAAGCCUGCAGAUGUACAUGCUUUGAUCCUGAUUCUACCAGGGCCUUUCUGAUGAGAUUCUCUAGGUUUUUUUCGUGUGUUGUGGAUGUCUAUAAAUAGAAGGCUGCAGAUGUUUCUCUUCUAUUUCUUUUACACUUCAUGGAAUAAAAUUGUUGUAUCAGAUGGAUCCUCUUUUACUGUACCAAAUAAAUCAGGCCACAUAUUAUCAGAAAAAAAUCUUUUGGAUUUA